CGAAACUGCCCUGCCCUUUUCCGCCGACAUUUACUCUAUAGGCACGCGCCUGGUGGGGAGGGGUGGAAGGCUGGCUUAUUACUGCAUUGUCUCACAGCCAAUCAGAGAACGCGCGUGUGCCGGGGUCCUCCCAUAAAUACGAGCGGUUUCCCUCAAAUAAGCGCAAGCACACGUUUGUUGAAUACUUAUCAACAUCUCGAACUGAGCUCUACAUGUCAAGGAUGGAAGCUAUUGGCAAAUCUAUGAAGGAAGCUCUCAAGUCUGCCCAGUAUGAGGGUCGCCUCACGAUUGGUGUUUAUGAAAGUGCCAAAAUAAUGAAUGAUGAUCCAGACAGUGUGUCUUUCUGCGUCCUGGCCACGGAUGAGGAGUGGGAGUGUGAUAUUGCUCUCCAGAUCCACUUCACCCUGAUCCAGUCAUUCUGUUUUGACAACAACAUCAGCAUCGUCAGAGUGAGCGACAUGCAGCGCCUAACCGAGGUUGUUGGUGACAAGGCUGGCCAGCUUGAAGAUGCCCACUGCUGUCUGAUCAUGAACCCAGCUGAUAGUUCUUGGGAAGAUCCAGCUCUGGAGAAGAUGCACCUGUUCUGUGAGGAGAGCCGGAGUGUGAACGAUUGGGUCCCAGAGAUCACCCUCCCUGAGCGCUAAACUGGAACUCUUUUACGAUUUUAUACAUAUUCAACCUACAAGGAAAUAUUCAUCCUUUUAUAGGAUGACCCUGUUUCCCAUCCCUGGAUACUCCUGAGGAGGAUUCUGAUCCAGGCAUCGCGUGGCCGGCCCGAGUGGCCCCAGCGAUUUCGUCGUCUCUUGUCCCGUCCAUGCCAAGAUGACUUCCAUUUUUUAUGUGAAUGGAGUCAGGUAUGCGACGAGAGCGACACAAAUGGCCCUCAUUCUUUGUGCGGAUGAGGUUUGGAGAGAAAAGAGAAGCGAGUUUUGCAUCCUGUGGUCCACAGAGCAAACGUCGCACGUUGAAGCACGCGCAGUAGGAGAAGAAGCGGUGCCAAGAAGAAAACAAUCUUAAAAUUAUUUUUUUGUAAGUCUUCUUGCUGAGCAGCAAUAACACCAUUGCAUUCAGCGAUAUACUUCCACUUUCCAGAAUUGUCUUAAUUCUCUAAAGGUUUCACUUUAGAUAAUUUGAAUGUGGAAACAAUAUAAAAGAAACAAAGAUACAUGUACUUAUAAUGCUCUAAAGAUUUCACUUUAGACAAUGAAUAUGGAGAAGAAAAAUUAUAAAAAACUAAUGUAUUAACUGAAAAUACACUGAAUUCAGGUAUUUAAGAUAUGAA